AUGAGAAACGCCCGGAGUACCCGCCCCGCACGGGCGGAGAGUUGGCGACUUUCACUCUGCUUUUUAAACUGGCAAGACGCCAUCAUCAGCAAACCACAUUGUCCUGCCGGCCAGACCUGCCCGACGGCGGCCGCAUCCCACGGCUCACGCGGGGCUGGACAUUCGGACAAGGACCAGGGUCGCAGCCCGAAGCACGUGGUCUGUCACGUAGAGCACAAAAAGCAGUGCCCUGCGGAGUUGACUGACUCCCGCGGCGUACACAACGCCGCCGCCUCCGUCUCCAGCCAAGUUGGCUUCCCUGGCCAUCUUACGGCGCGGACGGCCGCCCACAAACGGGAAGCCCUGGCCGUGUCGCCCGUACCUACGCUACAGGUGAACGCACCCGGAGCAAAACUUCGGGCUCCGAAGGCACCCCGGACACCAGACGCCCUUGGGCGCGGUCCGAAGAGGGCAGGCGAGUGGAAGACGGGCUGUUUUUAAGCGACCGCGUGUUGCUCUCAUUGUCGCAUCCGCAUCCCUCCGGAGUUGAGCAAACAACGCCACGCCGCGUGCGCUCCGGCAGAGCCCAGCACUGACCCCCAAAGGCCGAUUUAAAGACCCUCGGCCGCCAGCUCGGAAGCGGAUAGCAACUUAGUUUCCGAGCGAAUGGCGUUUAUUGUCCACCCUAGUCCGGGGGCUGCAGUCCACUAAACCACGAGGUUUCACAACGGCGCCCGAACCCUGCCCGCGCCUCGCGCCCACGCGGACGCACCGACCCCGGCCGCUGCGCGGUGGCCAGCGAGUCGCUUUCCUCUCGGGCCUUUCGGCCGCCGGGCUCCUUUCCGCGAGAGAACACUGCGGCGGAGAAAAGUCAUUGUCACCUUCAACGUGGAUCCCUCAACUCCGGCGACUCCUCAAUUAUGCCCAGGCUCCACUCACUUUCCCCGCCCCGGAGACUUUCGGUUUGCCUCAAAUACCCUCCCCAAUUAAUAAAUACACACUAAACACGCGCGUACCAAAGAACCUGGGGUCUGAAGAUCACGAAAACAGCGCUCCCAACAAUACCACCUCCAAGACAAAACUUCCUGUGUGUAUGUGGAAGGACGGGGGGAGGUGGGUGGAGGUGAAAUGAGAGAGAGAAAAAAAAAAAACACUCUGAAAUCAAAGCCUCGUGAGACAGUUUUGCACUAGAGGCACGGUGAGAGUCACUCACCUUCCAAAAGCAGCCGUUCCACGCGCAAUAACGCCCCCGAGGUGCGGAGUGCACGCCAGGCCAGUCCCCCUCAAGCGCUCCCUCCUCCUCAACUGCCUUGUCUAGAAAGAUUGUCUCCUGCAGUUCUGCAGUUGCUACCGCUGGCCGGGAAGGUGUAGAUUCCGCUUUCCCUCUGCGCACGCGCGGCUCCCGGCACAAAAUUCUCUUGAAUCGAACUUAUUUGCAUACGGGUGCGCGCACGUCGCGGGCCGGGAGGGGGAGAAGUCCCGGCGACCGCGCGCGCUCCCGAGGCCUCUAUUGUCCUUUUAAGGGGAGAAGCUCCGCGGCGCGGGAAACGCGGCGGCCAGAGGGAAACGGGGGCGGGGACUGCUUACUACGGCGGACGUCACAUAAACAAACGCCCCCCAUGGCUGCAGGCCGCGGCGGAGAGGGAGUGGCGAGGUGGGAAAGGGAAAGGUUAGCAACCGAGGGGAAGGCUGCGCUGCUUGGCGUGUUUUCCGCCCCCGAAGUUGUUAGGGGCACCAUUGAGCGCUGAAAAAUUGUUCUGAAAGCUGCUUUUGCAAAAUUCUCACACCUGUCCCCACUUUCGGUGACAGAGGAGUUGGUCUUAUGAGCACCCAGACUGAAUUUAUACUAAUCCUACGUUUCCUAAAUUUUGUUUGAAGUUAGGUUUUUGAAGCUUGUAAAAAAAAAAAAAUCCUCUGGGGCCAGCAAAGGUUUAGUUUUUGUGCAGUUGUAAUGAGUCGUUUAAUAAAGUCCCAUUUUAACACCCUA